AUGCAAGAAAUCUACGUUCCGACUGGGCAAAGCUAUGGUUUUGUCAAGCUGACACUAGUCAACUCAUAUGCUAACAUCUCGCAGGUUUGCAAGUACUUUCAAGGCAUACAAGACACGUUCUCUGCCGAGCUUGAAACCUGUGAAACCAUUACUCAAAAUCUGAAGAUCAAGUGUGUUUCGCAUGCGAAAUGUGCUAAAUGUCCCUUCUACAUCUUGGAAUUCAACGACGUGACCCAGGGUUUCGCCGUCUGGAAAUCCGGCGGCGAGUGGAAGUUGGGUGACAUUAUAGCGUCACUCUACGAUACAAAAACACAACUGCCCAAGACUGGCGGAACUGAUACGUCCUCUAUGAAAACAAUGCUUUUUAAAGCCCAAAACAACAAGAAACACGACCCAGACGCGGUAUGGAACAGCCUAAGUAAGCUCCGCGUUGAUUGGGCGAAAUUCGAUAUUUCUGGUUUUUGGACGCAACUCGACGAUUUGCUGGUCAACGAAGUCGGAUCGCGGCAUUGUGACAGCUACGCAGAGCUGGUCUCGUCUUUACAAUAUAGAAGUUUUGUUGUGAUCGCAUUACUAAAGUCAAAAGUUAACAAAAACAAGCAAGAGUUGAUCAGCGCGCUGGAACGCUACAACGAUCAAAUGCACUCUCAAUACGCGAAUCGUGGCGAGGGCAGUGACGGCGGUGACAGCGGAAACAGCGAGUCUGACAAAGAAAUUCGCGAGCCGUCCCUUUUCGACGAUACUGCAGAAUUGAAAAAAGACUACAUCUUUUCUUCUAACCAGUUGGCAACUAAUUUUCAAAAGCAUUUUAGAUGUGCAGCGGAGAACUUUGAGACCUUCGGCGUGAAAAAGCCGAGAUUUAGAACUCCUGCCCCCUGCCGUGUAACAAAAAUUAGAGGCAAUUCGAAAACAAACCUGAAAAAUCUUGCAUGA